AUGACUGCGACGGCCGCUCAACACGGCUCGACCACACCGCGAGGCAGCAGGUCCAGGUCUAGGUCUGACAGCCUUCAGAAGAUGCUUGAGCUGGAACAUGCCCGGAAGCUCGAGCGUCUUCAGGGGCACCAGUCCAUGCCCGUCUACACACAUCCCUCUCACCUGGCGUUUCAGCAGGUUCUGCAGCAUCAUGUAAAUCAAGGUCGCCCUCCCCAGUCUCCGCCGAGACUCAGUCCUUUUCCCACCAUCAGUCCUCCGCCGCCCGUGAAGCCUCUCGUCCCACUGCAGUCUCGCCGGAGGGAGUCAUCUGUGCAAAUUCCCGUCAAGAAGACAGACCUGCCGCCCUCUGCCAUGAAAGCUGCCCGCCGAGCCACCGCCUUGCCUUCUCUGUCCAUCUCUGUGCCGCCUCCGCCCUCAAAUACCAAGACACAGAUCGAUCGCGAAGCGGAGCGCAAGGAGGCUGUCGAGCACAAGCACAAGACAGUCACGUUUCUGGACGUUGACGUCCUCGAGGAGCCUACCGCGGACGACGCAUCCUCCAUCUGCCACUCCCCGAGCUGGGAGUCCUUUGGCCAGAACAAGAAGAAGGAGAAGAAGAACGAGGCCAAGAUGCGCAAGAAGGAGAAGGAACAGGCCGAGAAGCAGGUUGAGAAGGAGGCCAAGUCUGUCAAGAAGAUGCUGGCUGCCAAACUCACCAAGACUCCCCCGUCAAGACCUCCGAAUGCCUCAAGGUCCAUCUCAAGCCCGACCACGUUUGCCGACGACCGACUUCGCUCGUCAAGCGCUCAAGCUUUUUACGAGCCGCCUCCGCCAAUCCGUCCCCAGCACACCAGACAGCGAUCUGACUCGGUAGCGAUGCAGCUGAAGGCUGCGUUGACGGGUUACAAGACGCCCAGUCAGUCUCAACCCGACGAGAGUCACGGUUUCAUCGGCGGCUUGAAACUGGAGCAGAAGAGACAGGCAGCUGCUGGGAUGCCUCUGAGAAAGCCUGUUCCGCCGGCUUCUCUGGCGCACCAAAGAGCAAAUUCAUUCGGGCCCGAGGUGAUGGUGACGCCACCGGCGUUCACGGCUCCUAGCCUCCUACGAUCUACUUCAUACGGGCUGGAGGCCGAGAUAAACAAGCAUCAAGAGGAUGACGCGUUCGCUCCGAGGACACCACGAGUUGCUUCAAUGCAUGUGCCUUCUUGGUGUCAACCUCUGGUGUCUCCUACGGCACCACCCGUGCCGGAUGGAGGCAACCUCCAGCAGUGGAAAUCCAACGCGGCACAACAGCAAGACUCUGCAGUCGCCGACGACGACGAUGAGUUGGAGCCUCCCCCUGCACUGAGCGAGUUCGUGCUCGAGCAAGAACGAGGUCGACGGAGGGAGAGCUACGUCCACCAGUCCCGCCAGCAGAGCAGAGAACGGUCCAUCAACGGCUUCAAGGACGAGACCCGUGUCUCGUCAGCCAAGUCCCACUAUCCUCCCCAGACUAACCGACAACACCAAUCUAGCUCCCACUCAUCGCCUUCCAACAGCAGUACUUUGAGUGGCAACUAUCCACCGCGCAGUGGCUCCACGACCAGCCUUAGCGCUCACAAUGAUCAGUCGUCCCAAGCAGAAGACUUCACGAUCACCUUCCGUCUCCCCUACACGCCCCCUGCUCAUGGCAGUCCCAAUCAAGGGUCGUUUGACCGUUCAAUUUCGCAAGGACCACCGGCGUCCAGGCUGAUACCGAAGGAGAUACCUCUCCCUUCCGUGAGGUCAUCGUCGCGUGAGAAGCCUCCAUCCACACCAGGAGCCGCAAUCAGGAGCUUCAAAGAUGCGGCCAAAGCAGCUUUCUACAAAGUAUCGUCCCCCGGACCCUCCAGGCCCCCAGUCUCCAACUAUUUUACACGUGCCGUCCGCGAAAACACCAUGACACCCGACUCGCCAUCGAGCUCACGGUACUCGACCGACGAGCCCUCGCCAUUACCAGCUGAGCCUGUCCGGCCGUUUGCCGCGUCUGGCGAGUCCAGCAUGCCGUCAAGGGAUUCGUCGGCUCGUCCGACUGAUAGGUCAUCCAUGUCGUCGUGUGAUGAAGGUUUGCCUACCUCAUCUACAGCCACGACCCCGGAUUCCUCAAGGCCCCAGUCGGAGAAGGGGUUGAUGCCGGUGGAUGGAGAAGUAGGAAGAGUGGACAACGCGACUGUGUUGGUCUCGGACGACUCGAGAUCGUACAGACUCUCUCACACGGCCCUGCUGGCAUGCUCGCCAACUGUCUCGAACCCAAGGAUCAGUCUCCCCCCGCAGAUUCCAGUCCAGAACCACGAGGCUCAUCUCAACGAGCUGGAGGCUCUUGUUACGGAGAAGUUCGGCAGGAAUGCUAGUGUCGCCGAUGCUGAGGACAGUGACUCGUCCCAGAGCUAUCCCACUCCUACACACACAGAGAGUUCAGUGUUUCCCUCGCCGCUGACGUCUGCAUCUCUCACGAGCCCGCAGGAGUACGACCAGAGGGAACAGAGGCAGGCAGAAAACGUCGCUGCGCCGGUGCAAGAUGCGCCAUCUUGUGCAGUUCAGCGUCAACCGAGCUUGACUAAGAGUCGCUCGAGCCCUGAUCUUGUCCUCGAUACAAGUUUCCUUCCGAAGCUCAAGCACCAGCCUCUAGUGCCCCGGGCACUUAUUCCGGCCCCGCCACCUCGCUCAUCUAAGCGCGGAUCUGUCAGUAACCUGGCCGGCAAGGCAGCGACUCAAGCAGCACAACCAUCGGAUGCGGCAUGGAGAAAGUCGGCUGUGGCUCUCAAGGCUCCCGCGAACCCUUCGAGUUACCUCGAGGAGGCUCGCAAAUCCAUGCAGGGUCCGCCUGGCCCACCACGAUCCAAUCGCGUAUCACGCGCGUCCAUUGUACCUCCCAACGGCGCCCCCGAACCGGUUGCCAAGAUGCUGGUGGAGUGCUGCAGCUGCAAAUUUCUGCACGACAUGCCGAGCAAGGUCUACGAAUGCAUGGCGAACCCCGAAGGAAAGGUUGAAGACCGGAAGCUUGGGGUCAGCGGUGUCAUCUCGACGACGGUCAAAUGCCCGUGGUGCUCUCACGGAAUGACAACGCGAUGCUGCGCAGGAUACGCGGCAGUCAUCUAUCUCAAGGAGAAGCUGCACUAA